AGCCAUUUUGGUGUCCGCUGUGCAGCAAGGUCUGUUUGGGAUUCUGGCUUCCAGGCAUCAUGGUUGCCGAGUUCACUUUGGAGGAGGUGCAGAAGCACAACACCCCAGAGGACGCUUGGGUAAUCGUCGACGGCACGAUUUACGAUGUCACCAAAUUUGCGAAGAUGCACCCUGGUGGCAGGCAGACGUUGCUGGACUAUGCCGGCCAGGACGCGACAGAGGAUUUCUUCGCGCUGCACCGGCACGAGGUGUUGGCCAAGUAUACGCGCCUCGUGAAGGGCCACGUGGUUGGCUUCAAGCAUGGGCUGGCGUCGGCGACCGAAGAGAAGAAAAGAUUCAGCGCCGUGCCAUACGCUGAGCCCUCGCACUUGCAAGGAAUGAACUCCCCAUACUUCAAAGAGUCCCACAUCGCCCUUCGGAAAUCUCUUCGCGAGUGGUGGACCGAGAACAUGUAUGAGAACGCCAUGGCAUGCGAGGCUGAUGGUUCGGCGCCUGACGCGAACCUCCGAUUGAAGGCGGGCGAGAUGGGCAUCCACGCCAUGGGCCAGGGGCCCGGCGAGCAUCUCAAGUACGCGAAGCAUGGCCUCAUGGGUGGAGUGGUCACGGCGGAGGAGUUCGAUUAUUUCCACGAGCUGGUGGUCCAGGAGGAGCGCGUCCGCCUGAUGUGCCCAGGCUGGGAGGACGGCAUGGACGCGGCCAACACGAUCGGCGUGCCAGUGGUCAUCAAGUAUGGCCCUGCGUGGAUGAAGGACGAGGUCAUCCCGCCCGUCUUUCGGGGAGAGCAGAUAGUUUGCUUGGCUAUCAGCGAGGCCUUCGCUGGCAGCGACGUGGCUGCGCUCCGCACGACCGCACACUUGGACGCCUCAGGUCAGAAUUAUAUCGUGAACGGCACCAAGAAGUGGAUCACGGGUGGCAUGUACGCUGAUUAUUUCGUGACAGCGGUACGCACUGGUGGCGCUGGUGCUGGUGGCAUCUCCAUGCUGAUGAUCAAACGCGAUGAGACGGUGCAGACGAAGGUCAUCAAAUCUAAGUACUCCAGCGCUGCAGGCACUGCCUUCGUCACCUUCGAGGGCACUGUUGUGCCGAAAAGAAAUCUGUUCGGCAACGAGAACAAGGGAUUCCAGAUCAUCAUGUCGAACUUCAACCAUGAACGCUGGAUGAUUUGUGUCAGUUGCAUACUGCGUGCUCGGAUGUGCACCGAAGAGACCUUCAAGUGGUCCAUGCAGCGAAAAGUAUUCGGCAAGGCGUUGGCAGAGCAGCCCGUCAUCCGCGAGAAGCUCGCGCAGAUGUUCUCCGGCAUCGAGAUGUGCACCGCGAUGUUGUACGAGGUGACCCACCAGAUGAACGUGUUGGGUCCCCAGUCUGCCGAGAUCGGCGGCCGCAUCGCCCUGCUAAAGUACUCCACCACGCGCAUGUGCCAUCUGGUGGCCGACAACGGUGUCCAGAUCAUGGGCGGCCGCGGCGUGUCGCAGGGCGGCAUGGGCCGUGUCGUGGAGGCCUUCCACCGAUGCUACAAGAUCCCGUCCGUCUACGGCGGCAAGGAGAUCAUGGCCGACCUCGCCGUCAGGCAGGCCAUCAAGGCGUACCCGCAGCAGGCGAGGCUCUGAAGGAGGGUGCCCGCGGCCUGCACCGAGUGCGCUGCGCACGAGCGGGCCGCCGCACGAGCGGCCCUCGUGCCGCCACCUUGCGGCACUCGCCGAUGUGACUCGGCCAACCGGCGCGCCGAGGUCUCUGUCCCGGCGGGGGUACGCUCGAGGCUUGGCGCCUCUCUCUCUCUCUCUCUCUCUCACGCUCUCUCUCUCUCUCUCUCGUCGGCACGGCUGCUGCGCAUCGAGGUCGUCUUUUCCGGAGGGGGGCCAUUAGGCCUCCCAGAUAGGGCUCAGAUAGGGCCUCUAUUCCAGCCGCGGUCGCCUCACGGAUCCUCUGAUUGUUCCUCGAGGCGGUGGGCUGGAUGGCCGCCCGCCGGUGCGGCGGUGGCGUCAGGUAAUGCCACGGAGCGCUGGCUGGUGCAAUCGUCAUCAGUUCUGGCGUCGGAAGCGUAGAGUGGCUGUUUCAGGCUGGCUGAGGCUUGGGCCCACUGGCCAGGUAGCGAGGGCGAAGUUCCGCGCGUCGCUGCCGCGACUCGUCGCAAAACACGCUCCACUCUCUGUGCGCAGAGGCGCGGACCAGGGCGCCACCUGCCAGAUAUAGCAACGCAUUACUGCCGCCGCCUUCGUCGUCGCUGUCGGCCGGGUGAUCGCGCGGAGAGUGGUUUCCCUAGCGGCCUGUCCGUGGGGGGUGCUGGCUUGUGGCGCAUAAUCUACAUCGAUCAGCUACACACCCAGUUAUCAG